AUCCCAUUUCCCUCUCACCAUUCCACACACACCACCUCCAAGCCAACAACAAUCACAGAGCACACACAGGAAAAGAAUAGCAACAAGAGCAGAAGCCAACUGAUCAGGUUCAGCUCGUCUUCAACGCACACCAUGAGGCCCGGACCGGAGUUCGUCACCAUGAGCCACCAGGGCGCGCCGAUGGCGGCGCCGGGUCACGGGCUGAUCAACGGCACGGCGGCGGUGCACUCGCCGUGGCAGUCUCCCGUGCCAUACCUCUUCGGUGGGCUGGCAGCGAUGCUAGGCCUCAUCGCCUUCGCGCUGCUCAUCCUGGCGUGCUCAUACUGGAAGCUCUCCGGGUACCUCGACGCCGGGGCCGAGGGAGGCCGGGACGGCCAGUCCGGCGACGCGGCAGGCGGUGAGAAGGGCUCGGGGUCCGGCGCCAGCAGACCGGCGGCGGAGUUUCAGGAGCACGUGGUGGUCAUCAUGGCCGGCGACGAGCGGCCAACGUUCCUCGCCAGGCCAGUUACCAGCCGCGCGGCCGUCGAGGUGGAGCUCGCUUUAGCCGUACCGGCAGCGAGCGCGAGCGCCGGCGACGGCCAGGAGAAGAAGGUGGAGGAUUGCGACGUGAGCUCAGCACAGCUGGGAGGGGACGCCUCCGACGCGGCGAACCAGAGCCGGGACCAGCACGACGAGGCGACUCCGAGCCGUGCCCACCAGCAAAGCCGUGCCCACCACCACCACCACCAUGACCAUGAGAGCAGCAGCAGCACGACGGCGCUGCAAGAAAGCUCGCAAUAACUGCCUCCUUUGUUGGUUCCAGCUUUUCCCUUCUUUCGGGGGCGGAGCCAUCUGCUUUCUUCUUUGCUGGUGCUGCUAGAUUUAGGCUGGAAACGUGUAGAUUCUUGGCGUGAUUGGUUGCGUGAAAGUAUUAAUGGAGAUAUGUGCGAGACUUCACAGUCUUGCCAAUCCAAA